AUGUCCACAGCACCACGACAACAUCAUGCGGAGAAUACGUCGCCUACUGGGCAGUAUGCGCCGUCGCUGAUGCCUACGUUGUCCUCGGCCUAUCCGGCCAGCGAAACAUCACCCGCGGGACAAGACCAACAACGACAGAUGGGUGUUCCCGUCAGUUCAUCGAACGGGCAAAAUGUGUACCAAAUGAUGACUCUCGAGACGACCUCGGGAACUGUGCAACUUCCUGUUGACGUUCAAGCAGCAUCGCGAGUUGCGGAUGAAAAGCGGCGGCGUAACGCAGGUGCAAGCGCUCGGUUCCGACAACGACGCAAAGAGAAGGAGAGAGAGGCUUCCACAACGAUCUCCAGACUUGAGCAGCAGAUCAAGAACUUCAGCGAAGACGCCGACUUUUACAAGCGAGAGCGUGACUAUCUCGCAGGAGUGGUACUUCAGGUUCCCGGAGGCGAUCGACACUUUCCACGUCCUCAGUCACCACGACACCGCAGACGUCCAUCGAUAGCCGGAUCGAGCACCAGUGCAAUGGGUUACAUGACGAUGCACGACCAGGAUCGACACAGUCCGGACGACGGCCGAAAUGUUCGACGACGCACUUCGACCAUGUCUCUGCCUCCGCCCCCGCCUCCUCAAUCACAAGUUCCGGCUCCAAUGUCCGCUUCAAAUGCGACGUUUGCGCACCCACACUUCUCACACUCGUACGGACAGCCUUCUGGCCCGCAGCUGCAACAAGGACCUGCUCCGCUUCCUCUGCCUUCGAAUACAGAACGAUGUGGAUGUCCCGACAUUACGAAUGGAGAAGUCGCUCUGCCGAUCCACGGGGAGGACUGGCUUCGGACCUGCAUUCCGCGCGCUGCUGAUACAUACAUCCAGCAAGCCGGCCCAUAUUUGUAG